AAGAAAAUGACUUCCGCACCGUCACAGUUUAUCAGCCGGGAGCCUGCAGCAGUUUCUGUCACAAAAAUGGCUAAAUUGAAAGACAAACGGAGAGAAAAAUUUAGUGUCGCCACUGAGAUCGACCGUUUGGAGGAGCGCCGUGCGCGCUGCAAGGACAACCUGGAGCGGGCUGAGUUCAAGGGCAGGAAAGAGAAGCUCUCUGACAAUGACAAGCACGACCUGGAGGAUGAGAUGACGAUCAUUAAUGAGAGAGUGCUGAAGUUGGACAAGGAGCUGGAGACGUUGAGAGGAGAGAAUCGGAGGAACAUGCUGCUGUCAGUCGCUCUGCUGGUCGUCAGCGCUCUCUUCUACUACGUCUUCUUCCACAAUGAAGAGGACUCAUGAUACCGCCUGGUAACUUAAAGCGACUUUGUGUCUUAAAAGAACAACAGCAGCCACGGGACAACGCUGUCGCGAGAUGAUGUUUGAGGUUCACGGGGAAGCUGGAGAGCUGUGUUGGUGAAAUACCUCAGUUCUGCCUCUAGAUGGCAGCAUUGUCAUUGUACUGGGUUUCUCGUGCACAUCUUCCUUGGACUAGAGUAAUACAUGUAUGAGAUAAUAUUGGGGUAAAGUGAGCGAUCAUUUUUCUCUUUUCCUCAGCUUGUAUACAGUCUGUUUUCAUUGCUGUACAAAGACUUCACUGUAUAUUAUAACAUUCAACGCGAAGAAUUUAUAUACGACAGUUUGCCCCCAAAAUACACAAUUAAAUAGAAAGUUAAUAAAGCUUAUGCCACAAAUAAACCAAAGUAAUGUUGCUUUUAUACAGUAUAUCGAAGAUGUGCUUCAUCUAAUUGUGCCAAUCAAGUUUGCUUGUCUUUUCAGUCACAUAUAAAUGAAUAUGUGUAAUAAUGCAUGGUACACGUGUGCAGUUAAAUGGAUGACAAUAUUUGAUACAUUUGGUUUUCUCUUGAAAUGAGUUGUACAGUAUGUUUUAUCACUACAGCAUAUAGAGAACCUGAUGAAUGUAUGUUUUGUUGUUGAUGCUCAUACUGGCCAAUGCACCACCUCCUGUUUUUGGAGGUCUUUUAUGUUUUUCUUCAUGAAUAAAAACACUUCAUUUUGGAUGCUUUGUUUUGUUUUGUAUUUCAUAACCUCAUUUAAAACUUAUUAUUCAUAGUAUCUUUUGUUAUGAGUAGAGUUCAUCACAUGAUUCAUAGUU